CAGUAGUGCAAGAGAAGGGCUCUGUGGCACAAUGAUCGGAGGACUGGCUGCUUUGAUUCUUCUAAGUACUGCGUCCCUGAUUCAAACUGCAGAGGUUCCUCACCAGAUCUCUUCGACUGUGGUUGAACUUGGAGAUAAUUUGACUCUGACAUGUUCAUCCAGUGAAAAUGAAUUAUGGUUUAUUUACUGGUAUAAGAUGAAGUUUGGAUAUAUGGUUCAAACUGUUGCAUCAGGAACUUUAAAGUCAAUAAAACUUCAAGGACAAUUUGACAACUCAAGAUUUGAAGUCACAAAUUUGAACACUCAGUAUUUUCUUAACAUCAGAAAUGUAAACAAAGAAGAUGAAGCAACAUACUUCUGUCAAGCAGGAUCAUCAUACAUAAUGAAAUUCAUUUACGCCACACUUUUGGCUGUGAAUGAUCACAAAAAUGUGCAGAAAUCUGUCCUCGUGAAACAAAGUCCGGAGACGGAGUCGGUCCGGCCGGGCGACUCAGUGACUCUCCAGUGUUCACUUCUCUCCACUGACAAAGAAAACGCAGAUCAGUGUCCAGGUGAACACGAUGUGUACUGGUUCAGAUCUGGAUCAGGAGGAUCACAUCCAAGCUUCAUUUACACUCACAGUGACGAACAAAAGGAAAGAAGUUGUGUCUACAGUCUGUCCACAACUAUACAGAACUCAUCUGAUGCUGGGACUUACUACUGUGCUGUGGUCACAUGUGGACAGAUCCUGUUUGGUGAAGGAACUAAAGUGGAGACAAGAUCAGAUCUGGACCCCGUUGUUCUUGUGCUUGGAGUACUGUUGGCCUGCUGUGUGACUGUGAUUGCCGUCCUUAUCUUCUCAAGAAACUGAAGCUUCAGGGAGCCACUGCAGAGGGGUUAAAGAGCCGCAUGUGGCUGCUGAGCCUCAGGUUGCCGACCCCUGCCCUAGCCUCAAGGCACGCAAUAGUCUGCACAUAAAACCCUAAUGACCCAAUACAAGCCAACGAGAAUGCGCAUCAGGCACACAACACUGUGACGCAGGACGUUAGCACUGCCCCCGGGUGAGAUACCAAGUUCUUUGGGAGUCCAACUCUUCAACUUUUUUUUCUUCUAAUGUUGCUAUGUUGAAAUAAUACGAAUGGAUAUGUCUGUUUAUACUCAAAGCAUAAAAAUAAAGAAUUAUGUCAGAAA